AUGGAAAACAAAGAGAAGCUUCCAUGGGAGUUAGUAGAAGAGAUCCUCUCUCGUGUCCCUCCCAAACCAGUUGUCCGAUUCAGAACGGUUUGCAAACGAUGGAACGCUCUCUUCGACGACAAUACUUUCAUCAACAACCACAAGUUGACGUUUCGAUUCAUUUUAUUGACUAAAGCCAAGGUUUAUUCGGUAAGCCUGAACCCCGAGAUAGAGGUGAGUGAGUUAACCUUAGAUAUUCCCGGUUUAAACAAUCAGAAACCUAAUGACUUGGUCGAUUGCAAUGGGCUCUUGCUAUGUGGCACGAAAGAAGGAGCUGUGGUUUGUAACCCGUGGUCAGGACAAAAUAGAUGCAUCAAGGCCGAGGUUAGUCAAACUAGUUUAGAAUUUCGUGGCAUAGGGUAUGAUGGUAAUAGGAUAGGUAAGAAAAUUGUUUAUAAAACCCUUGCGUUUUAUCUAAAUAAUAUAAGAAGCUCUACCAGUGCAUGGAGAAUCCAUGACCUUGCCACCGAUAAGUGGAAACGAGUGUUGAAAGAAGUAAAAGGUGAAACACGGCCUCAAAAUGUGUUCAUUAUGCACUCGACAAGAGUAAGCUUCGAUUUUGGGAGCGGAAAAUACCUCAACUUUUGUGGUCUACCGUGUGUGGAGAACGAUCAUAGCGAUGCUCUUGUCCUUAGGGUUUUUAGGGGAGAUCGGUUUUCGUUGUUAAAGCAGUGCCAUGUAACAAAGAAGAUUCAGAUUUGGGUGGCCAAGGACAAGAUUGAUAAUGGGCAUAGUAGAGAUGUGAAAUGGAUGAGUUUCAUGGAAGUGUCAAUCCCUGACUUGCCGUAUUUAGUACAGACACAAUCCUACCAUCAGCCCAGUUACUUCAUUGAGGAUAAAUGGGAUGGUAAAAGCCUGGUCGUGUGUUCUUGCGAUGUAGAUGGCCGGGCUUGGAUCUAUGUUGUUGGGGAAAGCAAGAUAAUCAGUAAAACCCGAUUGGAUUCUGUAGUGGAUCUUUGGCCUUUGCAUUGUACCUGUUUUCCCAGUUUGGUCAUGGUUCCUGGAUGUCAAAGAGAACACAAAGAAAAGAAGAAAAAGCAGAAUUACGUGUUAAUAUUUCUUCCGUUAUGUUUUUUGUUUGGUUGUUUGGGAAGCUUAAGUUGCUUUUUAGCAAAAUAA